CACGUCGGCAAACGUCAUCGUCAUCCAACAAAAAUGGCAUGCAGGCAUGAAUCGGCCUUUUGUGUACGACAUCCAUGAAGACAGCCGGCCGAGCUUGUGGUCGCGGACGGGCACUACGUUGAACAAGUGGCUGUGGGGCGCGCUGUGCUGUGGCGUGCCUGGGAUACCAUGCUAUUUUUGUAAUUGCCGCGCAAGGAUUAAUCAUAACAGGGAUCGGGAAAGGACUAGAGUGAAUCAGUCAACGGGAACAGCGGCGGAGCGGAUAGCGCGGCCGCACCGACCUCACGCCCCCGGCGGUCGCAAGUCCACUCCGGAGAUGCUCAGCGCCGUGCGCUGUGCGCUCUCACAACUACAGGGUGAGCCCGCUCCGCCUCUGCCCGCCAAAGAUUCUUCAGAGAGCAGCAAGCGGGAGGCCAAGGCCGAUGCCGUUCUACAGCAGUGA